UCUGAGAGUCAAACUGUAAGAUCUGUUCGGAUCCCCAGAAAUAGUAAAUCCAUGGCGCGGCUUCCAAAUGCCCGCCAACAAGAAACACGGUGGCCUGAAAACUCCUCUUCCUUUCUACAAUAUCAUUCCAUGGGUGUAAGUUGGGAGAGAAUCUCUGAAACCACAAUUACUCGUCAGGGGUUUCCACAUCCCCUCGCUAUUUAUUUCUUAGGAUUAUCAAUUCAAAUCUGCAGAGACAAGUUUUCAGAGAAAUGGAAAGACGAUCUGAUACAGAUGAACCGUCUUCUUCUUCUUCUUCUUCUUCUUCUUCUACUCCUCCUCCGUCAAAGAAGCUGCCCGGAGGAUGGAGAUCCAUCAAAUACAUUCUUGGUAGUACCACUUUUUCUGAAAUGCGUACCCAUCAAAUACGUCUUCUUCUUCUUCUUCUUCUCUUGGUUGAAUACAAUUCCUUAUUAUGUUAUGUUUACAGGGAACGAGACCUUCGAGAAAUUGGCUUCUAUGAGUUUGAUAGCCAACAUAGCGGUGUACUUGAAAACCAAAUACAAUAUGGAAGGUGUUUUUUUGGUGAAUGUGGUGUCUAUUUGGUCUGGUUCUUCCAAUGUCACCGCCAUACUUGGAGCUUUGAUUGCUGAUACUUGGUUGGGUAGAUUCCGUACUCUUCUUUUUGGCUCCAUAGCCUCUUUUCUGGGCAUGAUUUUCAUGACCUUCACCGCAGCUAUACCGGACUUGAGACCCCCAACAUGUACAACGCUGCCAAAUUGCACACAGCCUAAUAAUUGGCAGCUGACAUUUCUCUUUGUGGGAAUGUCCUUCUUAGCCAUUGGAGCUGGAGGGAUUAGGCCCUGCAACAUUGCCUUUGGAGCUGAUCAAUUUGACACCACCACCAAGAAGGGAAAAGCUCAGUUAGAGAGCUUCUUCAACUGGUGGUACUUCUCAUUCACUGUUGCCCUUCUCAUAGCUCUAACAGGUGUUGUCUAUAUCCAGACUAAUGUCAGUUGGCCUCUGGGUUUUGCCAUCCCAGCUUCCUGUCUUCUUCUCUCCAUAAUCAUUUUCAUCAUCGGCCACCAUACUUACAUAAUCAUGAAACCUCAGGGUAGUAUUUUUAUUGACAUGGCCAGGGUUAUCACAGCAGCCUGUAGAAAACGAAGGCUAACUACUUCUGGGAACUCACUAUACGAUCCCCCUCUUCAAGAGUUGCCAGGCUUGACCAAAUUGCCUUACACUGAUCGGUUCAAGUGCCUGGAUAAAGCAGCUAUAUUUGCUGAUGAGUCUGAGAUAGAUGGCAAAGGGUUCCCCAAGAAUAAUUGGAGGCUUUGUAGCUUGCAACAAGUGGAAGAACUCAAAAUGUUGAUAGGAAUGGCACCUGUUUGGGUUGCAGGAAUCGGCUUCUUGAUGGCCAUGGACCUGCAAAACUCAAUUGGGAUACUUCAAGCUAUUCAAACCAACAAAAAGAUUGGAUUGUUCAAUGUUCCCCCAGGCUGGAUGGGCCUCUCAUCCAUGAUUACACUUUCUCUAUGGAUCCUACUGUAUGAGCGCAUCUGGGUACCUCAAUCAAGGAAAUUGUCUGGAAAAAACAAGAGAAUGACAAUGAAACAAAGGAUCAAUAUGGGUAUUCUGAUGUCAAUAAUUUGCCCACUUGUGGCUGCAACUGUGGAGAAGAGGCGGCGUGAAUUAGCUUUACGAAAUGGUACCUUCGAGUCACCUAUGAGCAUCACCCUGCUCUUACCACAGUUUGCCUUGUCUGGUCUGCUUGAAGCAUUUGGUGCAGUGGCCCUGAUGGAGUUCUUAGCAACUAAGUUACCAGAAACCAUGAGGACAGUUUCUGGAGCAAUCUUCUUUCUGAGCUUAUCUAUGGCAAGUUACCUCAACUCUGUCUGUGUCAACAUUAUAUUCAAAAUAACCAGCAGGAAAGGAGGCACACCAUGGCUGGGUGGGCAAGACAUUAAUAAGAAUACACUGGAGAAUUUCUAUUACUUUGUUGCAGGACUAGGAUGUCUAAACAUCUUGUACUUCAAUCUAUUUGGACACCAAUAUGUGUCAAACCAAGGCAAAGCAACUGGUCACAGGUCUGUUCCUGAAUCAAGCAAUGAGAAAGAGAAGCUAGAAACAGUUUAGGGACUAAAAGAAAUUAAAUAGACCGAUUGAAUCCCAAUCUUUGUGCUCUGUUUCUGAUGUAGGAAAAUGGGUAUUUAUUAGUAGUACAAAUCUAUGAAAUUGUAAUAUUUGAUUCAUCUAAUUCAGUUCUGUAACGGGGAAAA